AUGAACUUGAGCUGGCAUCGAGAAGCAAAUGACAACAAGACUGUGCAACAGAAGUUCAACAAAAAAAAAGGAAAUCAACAAACAUUUGGAGUGCUCAUGCUGCAAGUGUACUCAGAAAGGCCAAAACAACAAGGGACAAAGAUGCUCCACCUUUUGUUUAAAAGUCUGGUUAGGUUAGGUUAUUGGGUGCCCAGGGGCUCUAACCGAGACCGAGACCAGUUAGGGUCGCUCACAGACCACAAUGAAUAUAAGAGAACGGCUCCUUCCAGCCAAAUAGGUUGUGAUCGCUUGGCACUUCACCAAGUCAACAGUGGUACUACCAUUUCCAGAGCCGCGGAUGAAAGAGAUGUUGUUGCCAACUCUGAACGUCACAACAAUCUAGGAAGAUCAGCCUCACCCAGUGAUGAAUGUGAAGAUCAAAAGAUCAUCUCGCCAGCUAUGUCAAAUUCCAACAUGGAAUUGGACUCCCAGUAUAACAAUGACACCAGCUCUCAUUCAAUGACACCAGCUCUCGUUCAACUACACCACACCUCAAUUGCAUUUUACAUGAUGGUGUUCAAGGCGAAGCUCAACAAUACAUUCGCACACCUCAAUAGGUGA